UACAGAUCUAUCUGAAGCACUGCAUCUUACCAUCGUGCUGUGUUGGGUCGCCUCUCAACAAGCGCCUCACAGCCACAGAAAGAAAGCUCUAGAGACCGACUGGGCGUGUGGCGACGUCACCACACCCCUUUUUACACUUUCUCCCUCCUCUGCCAGACUUCAGGUCUUCAUACAUCUUUGUUCUUACCGCCCUAUGAUUGCCUCUGGUUCGCACUUCAGGAAGCAUCUAAAACAUCAAGACCCUUUGCUGCUCAACUCCCAAAUUCAAGUUUUGAGAGACAAUCAAACAGCUUCCGCACCACAAAAACAAACAAGCAGCAGACAUGGCCGCUCCUGGCAACACCCAGCAGCCAACGCCCGCGUGGCUGGCUCACAUCGACGCGAUGGCAUCUGAGAUCGUCCCCAUGACGGUGCCCCUUGAGCUGGACACGCUCGCCAUCAUCAAGAAGAUGCUGCUCGCCCCGGCAGACGACAAUGACGGCGCCGUCGACAGAGCGGUGCAGGAGCUCCGCACCUACUACCGCACCACCGUUUCGUCCCCCGACGCGAGCGGCGGCGUCCAGGACUAUCCCGCCAAGCUUGUCAUGUUCGUUGUCGGCGCCGUCGUGGACCACGUCUUCGAGCUGGCCAAGGUCGUGGACCGGCGUGACCCUGCUCACAAGCGGCUUGCCGAUCUCCUGGUCGGCCUGAAGCGGAGCGGUGCCGCAGUGAAGUUCGACGCCGAGAACCCCCAGCUAGGGUGGGAAUCCGAGAACCUAGACUGGCACGCAGCCGAGAUCUGGCGAAGUUUCACCCCGGACCACACCUCCCCAGCAGAAGAGUGCACCUCGGCCCUCAACACACACGCUCUCCUCGCCCGCCUCGUAGCAGGCGACUUAUUCCCCGUCGACGGCGGCUGGCGCACCGCCAAGUGCAUCUCGGAAGGGCUGCAGCACCCGCCCAGCCAGGAAUUUGCCAUCGACACCCCGCUCGUGCGCGCCUGCCGGGCGGCCAUUGCCGCGCAGUACGUGCUCCUUGCCGGGGACGUGCUCGUGCGCCAGCUCGGCGCCGAGGGCGACGCUGCGCUGCGGCGGGCGGAGUGGCCUUCCUGGGCGGAGAGGUUGAAGACGCUGGCUGCUGCAGCGGCCGAAGACGGUAUUCCGGAAUGGGAUCUGAAAGGGAGCGCGGCCGAGGCGGCGAAGAAAGUGGAAGGGUGGUUGAACUAAAUCAGGUAGUUAGUAGGUAGCAAAGUGCCUCCGACGAUGAAGUAGUCCUGUAUGAUUAGCUCUUGCUAUCGGGAUGAUCAAAUUUGGUGCUUCGUGUCGUUCCAAAAGGUCUAGCGGUCAUUGGUUAGCUGAGUCAUUGUUUCGUUAAUCUCGGCUUUGUGACACGUCAAAAGCUGUCGCUGUGUAACGGCUUCAUUCGAGUCUCGGGCUCGGCAACGGCUGUCUAAAU